UUGUUACUUUGUUUUUUCAUUCUAAUCCUCCGGAUUUAAGCUUAAACUGUUAGGGAAAAUACUGAAAAAAGCCUGGACUGGAUCACCGACAGAAAAAACCAAGCGGCACUCGGAGUUCUUGGAGUGUUGAGGCUUUAUUUCACACCGGCGGGCUCAGAGGGGAGUAAUCUCCCAAAAAGUCUGAGCCCCGAACAAAGGAAAAGGGAGCGAUUUAUACCUUUCUGCUUCCUUAUCUGUAACAUUCCUAGGUACACAGCAAGCGAGCAGGCAAGGGGGAGGGAGUUUAGGGAGCGAACCUUGGGACCCGGUGCUGGGCAGCAUGGGGAAACCAAGGGAGUGUUUUUUUUGUUAGGGUUGAGGAGGGGGGCGAGGCAGAGAGUAGCCACCUCGUAAAUUACUGUCCUUGUAGUGUUGUUUAUGUUGAGGAGGGAGGGGUGCGAGACAGAGUGGAGCCACCCGCUAAGGUUGCUGUCCUUGUAAAUUUGCCCUAUCAAAACCUUCACUCUCUUUGUCCUAUUUCAGAUAAGGAGGGAGGGGCUGCUGAGAUCUCAGAUCUGGGCUUGCAAAUUACCGUCGCCUGGGUGCUCCGGAAGGAGCUGCAGUUUACGGUCAUGCUCUUUAGCAGCCUGCCUGAAAGUCUACUUUCUUUGCCUCUAGGAAGUUUGCAGAACAUAAUCUCACUCCAGCCAGGGCUCUGCGGCUCCCCCAAAUCCUGGGGUGGUGGGGACUCAAUUCCCACCCAGUACAGAUCCAAGCAAAUACUGGACGCCAGGUGACACUGGCUUAAGGAGUUGGCAGGAGAUGUGCCCCAUGCUGAGCAGCAGUUCAAUGACCUUCCUUUAUCAUUCUGUCCUGUCAUUCCCUGAAAUUCUCGCUUUAACAAAUUCAUCUUGUACUCUGAUUUGCCUGCUUCUCCGAACCGACUUCCUCCCGGCAGUAUUAUUCCAAAGAAGAUAUACAGACGGCCAAUAAGCAUUUGAAGAGAUGCUCAAAAGCACUAAUCAGGAGGGGAAUGCAUAUCAAAACCACAAGGAGACAACAGCGCACCUCCACAUCAGUUGGCGGCGCGGACCACAGACAUCUGGGUCAUCCUGUGGUCCUAGAGCAGCACCGGAGGCGCCUGGGCCCUCGGGGUAGCGGCUUCCUGUCCCUUAGUCUCGGAUGUGGGAGGAGGCAGGGCGUCCCGCGCCUGCGCAGCUCGGCCCGCCCUCGUCCCCGCCCCUUUCACCUGACCUCGGCUGGCUUUGGCCGCCCAGGUGCGCCUGCGUGUGCAGCUCCUGCAGCCAGGUGCCUGUGCGCCGGGCGGGUUGCGAGCUGCCGGGCGAGAGCCACCGCGUUGCGACAGCGGAUGUGGAAAUUCUGGAGGGGCGGGCAGGACAGGAGGCCGGGCUGGUCGUGGGCCCAGGCGCGUCCAAGCAGCACCCUGGUGGUUUCAGCAGUGGCCGCGAUGGGCGGGGCCGACGCGCGGUGGGUCCGGGGGAUCAUUUCGGCAGAGGGUCGGCCCUGACCCGCCUGGGGGCGCGCGAGAGGAGACGGCCUGUGCCUGCAACCCUGAGAGGCCAGAGUUCUAGGCCCUGGGAGCCGCUGAGUCUGCGAGGCCAAGAGGCGGCCUGGAAGAUCCGCUCUGCUGGGAUGGCAGCCCCACUCGGGCCUCCAGCGCCCCAGGUGAGCUCACCUUCUUCCCUGACCCUACUCCUCUGGAGCGGAGAGUCCGGCGCCUGGAGAAGCCAGGAGUCUGAGCACCCACAGGAAGGGCUGUGGAUGGGACGCUCGCCCUCCCCCGGGAGCGGGGCUUGGGGACUCAGCUGGUUCCCAUGGCCCAGGAGGGCGCCUGGCCUCGGGCUGACCGAGCAGCGGGGCAGCGGCCUCCUGUCAUUUCAGGAGGCGGUGCCGCUGACCCUCCAGGACGUGGCUGUGUACUUCUCUCUCGCAGAGGGGCAGCAGCUGGGCCCAGACCAGUGGGCGCUGUACAGGGACGUGAUGCUGAAGAACUACGAGCUCAUGGCCUCCCUGGGACUCCCUGUCCCUAAGCCAGAGCUGAUUUCCCAGUUGGAGCAAGGUGAAAAGCUGUGGGUCCUGGAUCUUCUGAGUGCUGAGGAAGCAGAGGCCUUGAGCAGCUGCUGGGCAGAUUCUGAGAUUGGGACUAAGAAGGAACUAUCCAUUCUAAACCAGAAGUGUUCUAAAGAAGUAAAAACCCCACAACUGAUAUCAAGAGGAUUCUCACAGGGUGAUGCACAGGCACCUGGGCUGCAGGAAGCUUGGGACCAUGGCCAUGAGCUAGGACGCCUGGGGACUUUGGUUCAGCAGAGUUUGAAGAAACCCCAUCUUCAUAGGAGAGUUUUUAGGAAUGAACCUGUCUUGUGUAGGGAAAGACCUCCAGGACAAAAAACCCAGGAGUGUGGCACAAUUGAUGGAAACUUGACUCUGAACCACGAUGUUGCUAGACUUCAAAGACAUAAAACAGUAGAGAGAGCGUUUCAAUGUGAUAUAUGCAGCAAAACCUUCAAAUUUAAUUCAGAUCUAACUAGACAUCAGAGAAGUCACAAUGGGGAAAAACCUUAUGAGUGUGGUCAGUGUGGGUGGGCCUUUACUCACAGCUCGAGCCUUGUUAUGCACCAUCAAGUUCACACUGGAAGUAAGUCAUUUGAAUGUAAUGAAUUGGGAAGACUUGCCAUCUCAAUUCCCACCUCCUCCAUCAAAAAAUCCAUACUGGAGAAAAGCCUUUUGGGUGUAGUGAGUGCGGGAAGGCUUUCAGUCGGAGCUCCACUCUUACUCAACAUCGUAUAAUUCAUACAG